UGAUAAUUUAUAUGUAUAGGCUUUUCGGGAUUUGUAGACUACUGUUUUGUAAAACAAUUGCUUUUGAAUGAAGUUUUGAACGAAAAUACACAAUUAAACGUUAUGGAUGCAGAGUCCAAAUAUGAAUUAAUGAACGAUGAUGAGAAAGAUACAAUAAUCAAUGCGAGUUUUGAAAAAUUUAAAAAAUUUGCGAAAGAUCAGUACAACGUGCAAGAAUUGCACGAAAUCGUAAAGGAAUUCUUCAAGUAUAAUGCAAAUAUAACAGCAGACAGCAGAUUAAAAACACCAAAAGAAUUUUGUUCUGACCUCAGGAACCAGGAGUCUGGAUUUUGGAGUAAUAUUUCAAUGUUGUGUGGUAAGACCCCAAAUUUGUUUAUUGUUAUCGUAUUGAUUAAAUUAGUACACAUUACACCCAUUAUGGAUAGUACUUAUCCAUAUUAUAUGUAUCGAUGUAUGUAGAUAAAUUUGACUGCCAACAUAUUAGAGACCAAGAGAUAAGAUAUUUUUUUUUGCUUGAAUAUUGUUAAAAAAAUGUAUUAAAUAUGAGUUACUACGGUAUGUAUGUUUUAGCCAACCUCAGUAUUUCAAAAUAUGUGUAUUCAAAACACUCCAAACCCCUCAAUAUUUUAUUAAUUUUUAG